AGCCUAAAAAACAUAUGACAUCGCUUAGAGCACCUUUAAAGUGACAUGCUUUCUUAAUAAACAAAACACAUUUUACUGCACCCAUAAUGUAUAUUUUACUACACCCAUAAUGUACAUUUUUGUGGACUCAUUUCAUGACCAACAAUGGUUUUGAUGCCCUUACCACAUGUUUUAGAAACCUUUAGAACCUUUAGAAACCUUUAGAAACCUUUAGAACCAAAAGCUUUAGAUGUGUAACAAUCUCUUUCUCUCCCAAUCCGGCUCCACCCAUUCCACACUCAUCAUUACCAGUCUACUGAUUACUGGUUUAAUCCACUUCAUCUCCCACACCUGAUGCACUUCCUUAUUGAAACCCUCCUGUUUUGCCAUUUGUUGUGAAAUCUUUUGGGUUACAUAAUAUGACGGAUAUUUAAUUAUGCCUGUAAAGUUUCCUUCCAGACUAAGAGACUGAUGACGUGGAUAGACAGAGCCAAAAAGGCGUCACCAUGAUCGAAUGGCCAAUGAGGGAAUGGCCCGGUGGAUGGAAUGGCCAAUGAGGGAAUGGCCCGGUGGAUGGAAGGGCCAAUGAGGGAAUGGCCUGGUGGAGCGUAAGCUGUGUUAUCUUGUUAUAUUCUGCUCCUUUCCUGUUCACUCGGACACUGAAUAUCUUGUUUAUGCCCAACAGCACGACUUUAUUCAACUUUGACACAUGCACACAUUUAAUGUUCUCAUUCACUCGGUGCAAAACCCUACUGAGUCUGUGUACACAUGUACACUAAAACAAUAGCUGCUGCAACAUAGCUGAUGCUCCACUGGAAUUAAAUGAGCUGACUACAAAAGCCUUCCUGGCAUAAUAGGCAAUUGAAACAUAAUAACAGCGCAAUCAGAAUAUCAUGUUCCUCAUUUAAUACACUGAUAUGAAAGAGUUUCCAACGUAGAUCUAGAAGAGAAUAUUUAGGAGAUGCACUUUUCAUUUGGUUAUGGUUAUGGAAUUUAGCAGACAAUUUUGUCCAAAGCACUCAUCAGAGGAGCGCAGUGGAUGAUGGGCUCUAUGCAUGACUCCAUUUUGGAUUUGCUUCCUACUGGGCAAUCAUCUUCCUGUUUACGCUGUACACAGUAGGCUAUGACAGAAAAUGAUAGAUUACCGGCCUGUCAGUUUUAAUAUAGUAGGCUGUUGCUAGUUGAACAACUUAGCUAAAGUUAUCUACUGUAACCAGUUCAGUAACAUAGUUGCUUGAUUAAGGUUAAGAAUAUUUGCUGGAUGAAGUGGCACACAACAUUCCUGAAGACAAUGACUAUAGAAAAAAUCCAUAUUUGCCAAUGUUUUAUUGUAAGCAGGAACUUGAUAUGCCAGUAUAAGCGAAUCCAAAAUGGAGUUGUGCAUAGAGCCUAUUGGGGAUGUAGAACUGGAUCAUUGAAUUCAAGUAGCAGGAAGCAGAUCCAGUAAGUGUCCUACAGGCCGGAGUGAGGGAUUUCAAUGUAAUGUUGGCUGCUAUAGGAAGCCACUAAGAGAGGAGUUACAUGUGUCCUCUUUGGUAGAUUAAAGAACAGGUGUGCUGUUAUAUUCUGAAUCAACUGUUUGUUUUCUUAGAAUGGUAAUGUCUAGGUUUGUGUGUUUCUUUUGUGCCCUGUAAGCUCUUGUAAAUCUACAUGUAAAGCAUGUUGUAUGUUUAAAAUGUGCUACACAAAUUAGCCUAUUUGCAUGAUCCGGCCUUUCUUUUGCAUCCAGUUAUGGAGGUAGGAUACACAAAUGUUCAUUUACCAGUAAAAUCUGUAGGAGCAAGACGGGACACAGAUGCAGUGGGAGAAGUAGAACAAGGAGAAGGAGUCUCAUCUGAGAGUCUCAUCUGGUUUGAGUCAGAGUCUCAUCUCAAAGCAUCUCACUGUUCACUUGAGGAAGGUAAAAGUUUUUUUUUUAGUAAUCACAUUCAUGGAAACUGAUGUUGAUGAUAGAUUUCUCAGCCCCAUACUUUUCUUAUGAACAUAUAAAUGCAACAUAUGUGGUUUAUAUUCCCUAAUGCAUUUGUGUGUGGGUGUAUGUGUGUAUAAGUGUGUUGCGUGCGUGCGUGUGUGUGUGUGUGUGUUUUCGGACAAGUACCAAAGACUUUCUUUCUGUUGUUUUUUAAAUUUAUUUUUAGAGCAACGGUACAGCAGUUUGCACGACUCCAGAGAAAAUGUCUGUCCUCAAGGGAGGUUUACUUCUGUUGCAGAUGUUUCUACAUACCCCUCGAGCAGCUGCAUCUGCUGAAGAGAGUGAUCCUUGUCACAACCACACUGUGCUGAAUGAAGCCUGGAGAGCCACCACCAACCUGGACCAUUCAAAUAACAAGUGCGACCAGAGCGUCAAAUGGCUGGGCUGGUACCGGAUGUUCUACCUGGGGAUGAGCGUCCGGAUUCCUGAGGUGUGUGUGCCUAUACAGCGUUGUGGCACCGACGCACCUCUCUGGCUGGACGGUCCUCACCCCAGCCUAGAAGAUGGCAUCGUGACCAGGAGCGUCUGUGGACACUGGAGCAAAAACUGCUGCCAUUUCAAAUCAUCAUCGAUCCAGGUGAAAACGUGUCCAGGAAACUACUCCGUUUACGAACUAGUGGCGCCCUCUGGCUGCUCUCUGGCAUACUGUGCAGACGUCUCUUCAACAACUGCUCCAACCGACCAGCUUCCAACCACUCCAAAGCCCAGGACACUUUUUCAGCAGAGGUUGAGGCUCAGUAUGGUCCUCCAGAGAGACCUGUCCCCUACUGAGAUGAACCAGAUGCCCUCUCAGGUGCGUAUGGGUGUGCUGUGCCCUACUGAGAUGAACCAGUUGCCCUCUCAGGUGCGUGUGGGUGUGCUGUGCCCUACUGAGAUGAACCAGUUGACCAAUGCUGGCCAAUGCGUCCUCCCCAAUAAUCAUGUCAUCAUGAUGGAUGAAGCUGUCAUAGAGUAUGAUGAAGAAAGGGGCUCAACCCGUCAAAAGUUUCACCCCUGCUUGGGAUCAGGGGGAAGCUGAUUCAGAUGGGCUACCCGAGUGACCUCACAGUCAAGAUGUUGUGAUUUCAGAACACCAGGGAUUCAGGGAAGGAAGAAGCCUCUUAUAGACCAUGGAUAGACCACGGUUCACUUUACCACAUGUGGUGACAUUCACUAUUCAUUAAGUGUGUGUGUGUGUGUGUGUGUGUGUGUGUACAUUCACUAUUCAUUAAGGGCCAUGUUUUACUGGUGUAAGAAUGCUUACUAAUUCCAAAUCUUGAGGUUGAAAAUACACAUUUGUGGAGAAAUCUCUGUGUGACACAUACAGUAACUAGUAUAUCUGAAUAGAAUCAUUUAAAAUCUUCUUCAGAGAGAAUUGUCAAGUGAAGCCAUCUCUUUUCUGUUAAAGAUGUCGUAAAUGUAAAUCAGGUUUAUAGGCCAAGUAUACUUGCGUACAAGGAAUUUGGUCUCUGCAUUUAUCCCAUCCGUGAAUUAGUGAACGCACAGAGCACACACUAACCCGGAGCCGUGAGCUGCCUUGCAGUGGAACAGUGAGGGGUUAGGUGUCUUGCUCAAGGGCACUUCAGCUGUGGAUGUGGGCAUGGGAGAGCAUGCUCAACAACUGCCCACACCCACAUUUUUCUUACUGGUCAGGGAUCGAACUGGCAACUCUUGAAAAUCAAGAUUUUAAUCUUGUCCGUAUGACAACAGGUCUGUAUGAUGUCUGUUAUGUUUUACAAGACAUAUUAUGAAUAAAAAAGCAGUCAAUGGCAUUGCUGUGGAUUUCUGCAGUAGAUCUACGUUUCAACCAAUCACAACCCGGGUGGGCCAAUUCAGGCACCAGAGGGGUAUUCCAGAAAGGAGGUUUAACAAACACUGAGAUUAAACUUAACCUCUGGGUUGUCUGAACCUGUGGCGACUAAACACGAGCUGUCGGUUCCAAAACACCAGUUACCAGUUCAA